AGAGAAAAAGAAAUGGAAGAAAGAUUUAGAGAAACAUCAGUGAAGCUUGAAAGACGAGGCUGGGAUGUCGCAUGCCGGCUUGUUUGGCCUAGAAUGCUCUUCUUAACAACAGGCUGUGGGUUGUCACUCAAUUUAUUAUAUUUUUUGAUGUUUGAGUACAAUAUAAAGAGCAUCACGGCGAUUCAAAUCUGCUGUUUGAUUUUCGGUUUCGUUUACAUGGUCGGACUUGCCGGAGCCGUUGCAGAUUACUGCUACUUUGGCUCUUUCCGUAUUAUUACGGUUUUUUCCGUCAUCUCCUUUCUCGGCACGGUGAUGUUAAGUCAAGUACAUGCGCCAUCUGAAACCCCGACAAAAUAUCAAUUUGGACUUGUCUUUGUAUCCAUAGCACUGGCUUUAUCAGGAUUUGUAGCCGUUUCUAAUUCUUACGGGUUUUUGAAAAGAGAUCAGUAUGACAAACCACCAACUGCUCGUUGGAACAUAUCUUGCAUUUGUUUUUUCAACUACGUUACCAUUGGAGGCCUCGUCACGGCUAUCGGUUUGGGAGGAGAAAAAAAAGUUUGGAAUUUCGGGUUUUCAAUGUGUUGCGGUACUAACGUGAUGGGAUUAAUCUUGUUUUUGUGUGGAACAUGCUCAUAUCGACUGCGCAAGCCUCAAGAAACUGUGAUUUCAUCAAAAAAUGACCACUCGACUAAAACUAUCCCAUUGUUUGUAACUGAUAUUUUCUUGCACGCCUCUGAUAUUAUGUUGAACUCCCUAAUAACGCUUCAAGCCCUAACUAUGAACAGGCACUUCGAACCGGACUCUAUAAUGCCAGCAAGCUGUUUCGGAUUCUUUUCGCUGCCAACUAUAUUCCUUUCGCUAGCUAUCAUCGACUUUUUGAUAGUCCCAAAAUGCAAGAAACUAAGCAUCUCCUGGGGCAUCGGAUUAACCCAUGUCUUGACCAUCCUCACUCUCAUAGCGUCCGCCGUGAUCGAGUCUCGAAGGCUCAAUCAUCUCACAAACAAUCUCAGUUCGAUGUCAGCCUUUUGGCUUAUGAUACCCGAAGCAAUAUUAGGGUUUAAGUUUGGAUUUUAUUUCCGAAGAAACGGCAGAAUGUACUGUCGGGAAAGGCCAGUAGAAGAAAUAACUACUGUUCUUAUGCGUACAUUCUUACUUGGAAUGGGAUGUUUUGUAAGCAUACUAAUCAUUCAAAUCUUCCUUCAAUUCACACACUGGCUACCUCAUAAUAUCAAUGAUGGAAGAUUGGAUUAUGUAUUUUGGACGUUGGCAGCAAUUGGGUGCCUCAACUUUGCACUCCAUUUAAUUAUUACAAACAACUUUGAGUUUCCCACUUUUCGAUUCUAUGCCGGUCAUGACGAUGAUAAUGAUGAAGCUGCUCAUGGAUCGAACUUACAAGUUGCCUAGCAGAUUAUGAUCAUGUUUUUAUUUAUUUCAUUUUGAAUACCAUACUUCUAUAUAUUUCCUUUUUUAA